GAGGCGGCCGAAGGCUGGAGCCGAGAGGAGGAGGCCGGCGUCGAGCCGGCCGGGCCGGGGGGCGGGGAGAUGGCGGCCUCCGAGGGUGGGGCGCCGGCUGCUCCUGCGAUCUGGAGGCGGGGAAAGAGGCGGGGAAACCGGGAGGGAGCGAAGGGGAAAGAAAAGCUGCGGGAGGGCAGCAGUGGAAAGGACCCUGGCGAGCGCCGGGGGGAGCGGCGGCUGCGAGACUGGCUGCCGGGCAGGCACAGGGACCGGUACCUGGAGAAGUACUGGGAGGGCGCCCAGGAGCGCUACUGGGAGAGGGUGGUGAAGCGCAGGGCCAAGCUCUCGGAGCAGGUCGGGGAGGACCGGGUCGUGGGGAAGUACCCACUGGAGAAGAAGCCCCGCUGUCUGAGGCGCCUAGGGACAGUGGAGACCGAGGAGGAGGAGGAGGCCUGCAGAAGGAAGACCAGCCACUUAGAAGUCCAGCAGCCUCAACUCUGGCGGCCCACGGUCAGAUUCAGUAUCUGCCCCACAUCUCCACGCGCGUCUCAGCAGCUCCUCCCCUGCUGUCUCUCAAGCAGCACUGCCAUUAAAGAGCUGGCGACGAUGGGCGACCCGGAUCUCCUCGAAGUGUUGGCGGAGGAAGGGAAAAUAGCCAACAAAGACAUAGACUACUCUUUCCAAAUGAGUGAGCAGAGCCUGAGCAGCAGAGAGACCAGCUUUCUCAUCAACGAAGAAACAAUGCCUGCAAAGCGAUACAAUUUGUUCCUGAGGCGACGGCUUAUGUUUCAAAAAAAUCAGCAAAGCAAAGAUUCUAUCUUCUUCCGAGAUGGGAUUAGGCAAAUUGACUUUGUGCUUUCCUAUGUUGAUGACAUAAAGAAAGAUUCAGAGUUAAAGGCGGAAAGAAGAAAAGAGUUUGAAAAUAAUCUCAGAAAAACAGGUCUUGAGUUGGAAAUUGAAGACAAAAGGGAUUCUGAAGAUGGAAGAACUUACUUUGUCAAGAUCCAUGCCCCUUGGGAGGUAUUAGUUACCUAUGCUGAAGUCUUGGGAAUCAAAAUGCCUAUUAAGGAGAGUGAUAUUCCACGCCCUAAGCACACUCCUAUAAGCUAUGUGCUUGGACCUGUAAGACUCCCACAGAAUGUGAAGUAUCCCCAUCCUGAAUAUUUUACUGCCCAAUUCAGCAGACAUCGGCAGGAGCUGUUCCUCAUUGAAGAUCAGGCAACCUUCUUUCCAUCCUCAUCAAGAAACAGAAUUGUGUACUAUAUUCUCUCAAGAUGUCCUUUCGGCAUAGAAGAUGGGAAGAAAAGGUUUGGGAUUGAAAGGCUGCUAACAUCUAACACUUACUCAUCAGCCUAUCCACUCCACGAUGGCCAGUAUUGGAAGCCUUCAGAACCUCCCAAUCCUACCAAUGAAAGAUACAUACUUCACAAGAAUUGGGCUCGAUUUUCCUAUUUCUACAAGGAGCAGCCUUUAGAUUUGAUUAAGAAUUAUUAUGGAGAAAAAAUUGGUAUCUAUUUUGUCUUUCUUGGAUAUUACACAGAAAUGCUAUUCUUUGCAGCUGUAGUUGGAUUAGCUUGUUUUAUUUAUGGUUUAUUAUCGAUGGACCAUAAUACAUCCAGCACUGAAAUCUGUGACCCUGAGAUUGGUGGUCAGAUGAUCAUGUGCCCACUCUGCGAUCAAGUGUGUGAUUAUUGGAGAUUAAAUAGUACGUGUUUAGCCUCGAAAUUCUCCCAUUUGUUUGAUAAUGAGUCAACAGUGUUCUUUGCAAUAUUCAUGGGAAUUUGGGUCACCUUAUUUUUGGAGUUUUGGAAACAACGACAAGCCAGACUGGAAUAUGAGUGGGACCUGGUGGACUUUGAGGAGGAACAGCAGCAGCUUCAGCUGAGACCGGAAUUUGAAGCUAUGUGUAAACACAGGAAAUUGAAUGCAGUGACUAAGGAGAUGGAACCUUACAUGCCUCUAUACACACGUAUUCCAUGGUACUUUUUUUCAGGAGCCACAGUGACAUUAUGGAUGUCUCUUGUCAUCGCCAGCAUGGUAGCUGUAAUCGUGUACCGCCUGUCAGUCUUUGCCACAUUUGCUAGUUUCAUGGAAAGUGAUGCAUCCUUAAAGCAGGUCAAAAGCGUCCUUACUCCUCAGAUAGCUACAUCACUCACAGGAUCAUGCUUGAACUUUAUAGUCAUCUUGAUCUUGAAUUUCUUUUAUGAAAGAAUAUCUGCCUGGAUUACAAAAAUGGAAAUUCCUCGAACCUACCAGGAGUAUGAGAGCAGUCUAACCUUGAAAAUGUUCCUGUUUCAGUUUGUAAAUUUUUACUCAGCCUGCUUCUACGUAGCUUUCUUUAAAGGAAAGUUCGUAGGCUAUCCUGGAGGAUACACAUAUUUAUUUAAUGAGUGGAGAGGUGAAGAGUGUGAUCCUGGAGGCUGUCUUAUAGAAUUGACAACCCAGUUGACCAUUAUAAUGACUGGGAAACAGAUUUUUGGAAACAUUAAAGAAGCCAUUUAUCCCUUGGCUUUGAAUUGGUGGAGACGCCGAAAAGCUCGGACAAACUCUGAGAAAUUGUAUAGUCGAUGGGAGCAGGAUCAUGACCUUGAAAGUUUUGGACCCCUUGGGCUUUUUUAUGAGUACUUAGAAACAGUUAUUCAAUUUGGAUUUGUUACACUAUUUGUGGCCUCUUUCCCUUUGGCUCCUCUUCUUGCUCUCAUAAAUAAUAUUGUAGAGAUUCGAGUGGAUGCCUGGAAACUUACCACUCAAUACAGGAGAACUGUAGCUUCUAAAGCUCAUAGCAUAGGUGUUUGGCAAGACAUUCUUUAUGGAAUGGCUGUCCUUUCCGUUGCAACUAAUGCUUUUAUUGUUGCAUUUACGUCUGACAUCAUUCCUCGUUUAGUUUACUAUUAUGCUUACUCAACAAAUACCACGCAGCCUAUGAGAGGAUAUGUCAAUAACAGCCUGUCGGUAUUCCUGAUAGCUGAUUUUCCAAACCACACUGCACCUUCGGGAAAACGAGACUUCAUCACUUGCAGGUACAGAGAUUACAGGCAUCCCCCUGAUGAUGAGAAUAAAUAUUUUCACAAUAUGCAAUUCUGGCAUGUCCUUGCUGCCAAGAUGACCUUCAUCAUUGUUAUGGAACAUGUUGUGUUUUUAGUUAAAUUUUUGCUGGCCUGGAUGAUACCUGAUGUUCCAAAACAUGUUGUGGAGAGAAUCAAGCGAGAAAAGUUAAUGACUAUCAAGAUUCUCCAUGACUUUGAGCUCAACAAAUUAAAGGAGAACUUGGGAAUUAAUUCUGAUGAACUUGCCAAGCAUGUCAUGAUUGAGGAAAACAAAGCACAGCUGGCUAAAUCAACAGUCUACUCAUCAUAAUGAGGAAGCAGCAGGUGGCCUGCCUUACUUCUUUUUCCUCUGGGUUUAGGGCCAGAGGCUAUAAGCCAUAUGUCAAUUUUAUCCUUUUUUUUUUUUUUGAACUCAAUGUUUUUAUACACUUCUGUAGAGGCCAACUUUGUGAUGCUGGGAGUAUACUACUCUGCUUCGUUGAUUGGGCCCUCUGCAGACGUUGUUGUCUGAGGUGCUGUAAAUGACUGUUGAAAGUGCAGGUAGAAUCAGAAUACUGGGAAAUCAUGGAGUCUUGCAGUUUAGAAAGAAACACUGACCUUGCACUGUCCCAUCAUUUUUCAGUGCAUCUAUGUAUUUUUAUGAUCUUCUCUUGGGUUAUUUGAUACCUCUUUCCCCAUUGAGGAAAAUGUUGGGGCAAAACAAAAGGAAUCAAAGAGGCUGACUGAGCCUUAUAUAAACUAUCAUUCUGAAAUAUGAAAAUGCAUUGCCAAAAUCAGAUCACAUAAGAAAACUCACACAUUAAAGCAUUAACAUUAUCAUAGCAGAGGUUUAUUCCUGAAAUUGUCCUGAACGCAUUCAACUACCAUCAGAAUCCCAGAUAGUUCUUUCUGGUAAAUGCAGAAUUCAUUUUCUGGAGACUGAAAUUUUGGAUUUCAACAAAAAACUAACAAUUCGAUUCUUAGAGAUAAACAUUUGGUAAUAAUAGUUUCAAGACUGAUCUUAUCUGGAAAACAACAUUAUGAAGCUGUUAGAUUGCUUCAGGUUCUCAAGUAAAGAUAUAAUAGAAAAAUAAGAGUGUUUUCUUAAUAGUUAAUGGAUUCAAGACAAUGUAUAUUGAUUAAUUUGUUAAUUUUAAUCUAGAAAAUUGUUAAAUUAUUCCUCAAAAAUUACUUUCCUCUACAAUGCCAAUUUUGCAUCAUGGAGCUUUUUUGUAUAAGUUAGGUACAUGUUGUUUAUGAUAAAUUUUUUUGCUUUAAAAUAUCGCAAAUCUUUAAUAAGUUUUCAAGCUUUUAUAUUUAUGUGCCAUCUUAUAUGAUGCUCAGUGCCUUGUUCCAAUACCUCUGACACACAAGAAGUCAUGUUGUUAGCUAGUGAUUUGGUGUAAUGUAACAUCGUAAAUGUAAGCUUGUCUUAAAGAAAUUGUCAGUGUAACAACAACUACAGACUUGAACACUAAAAGAGAAUCAACCAACUAAGAAUGACAUCAUGGACUUAAUAAUCUAAGGGGGAAAGAAAUGUUUGCUGUAUUAUUUCUCUCAAAUUUAGGCCUGUGUUACAUGCAUAAAAUCCUUGUUCUUUUUUCACUUAAAAAUAUUAAAUAUGUAUAAAUUGGUGUAUCUGCACACACACAUAUCUAUAUAUAAAAUUAUUAGCACCAGAGCAAUACAGUCCAGUUAUGUAGUGUUUGAAAAUCUGGUUUCAAAUUAUAAUUCAACUCCAAAAGAAUAUUACUUUUUAAUCACACACAUAAGAAAUUUUAUCACAAGAUUUAAAAGUAAUAUUUUGUUAUUUAAUACUAGUAAAUUGUUGUGGUACUGCCAGUAUUAAACAUAUGGCAGAUGGUAUUAACUGCUGAUCAGUAGUAAGCAUUUAGAACUGAGGAUUAUGGAUUUGCUAAACUAUGAGACAGUCACCCCAGUUUGGGCUGGGACCAAUCCCCAGUACUGAUUUGUUAUCCACUGGGUAGACUUUAUAAACAUUCUUGAGUAAUUUGAAAUGAUCUCAUUAUUGAAAGAUGAUUUCAUAUGUAGAGGAGAUAUUUCUUUCUUGAAAAAGCCAGUCAGGGUUACCAUGAUGUGUGCCACAGAUGCAGGAUCUUCAGCUUGCCAGAUUAAAUUCUGCAUUGCUACAGUAUACAUUGCACACAGCUCAUAUUGCUUCCUUCCUGGGUGCUGAUAAUAAGAAAGAGCAUGGAAAUUGGUUUCUUUUAUAUAAGCUUUAAUUUUUUAAGGCUUAAAAGUAUUCAUAGAGCUACUAGACUGUAUGAUAAAUAAGGACAAAUUUAAUUCACAAAGUUAUCUGUACACUGCAAUUUUAAAAUAUAUCAACUAAAGUAUUGGGUUUCUGGAAGUGUAUGCAGAAAACAGCAAGGGAAGAAAUUGCUUUUAAGAUAAGAAAAUAAUUCCCAUGAUUGAUGGAUAUUUUCCUUUUAAAAUGUUAUUGACUGAUAUUUUGUAUUCACCUUUUAAUUUCUUACCAAGACAUUUCUCUUUGUGUUGCAGAUUUAAAAAUAAAAUACAGGUAUUCCUCACUUUUAUGAAAGUGUGCUAACUGAAAUCAGGAGCCAAACCAAUUCAGAUAGAUUUGCCUUAUCUAAUUAAACCUAUAGGUUUUGGUGGGAGGGCUGCAUUAAAAGCACCCUACCACCAUAUGUGAGUUGAUAAUUGCCAGCAUGGUAGAUGAUUUUAUCCGCUGAUCAAACCCAUAGUUUCGUUUUGUUUUCAGAAUGUUCCAGGGAACAUUUGAGAUUUUAUGUGAAAUAAAAUUUUAAGUGCUGAAGCCAAAAAAAAAUACUUAACACUUUUCAAAUGCUCGCUUUCAUCCUUACCUUCAUCAAUUUUUCUUUGCACACAGGAAGCAAAAUCUACUUCAAAACAUUUACUUUAGAGGAAUCCAUUAAGAAGGGAGUGUUUUACUUAAAUGAAAUGCUGUCUUAUUUUUGCUGUGUCUUUUGACACGUUCUUGGCUUUGAUGUUCUUCUUUUAACCAAGUCAUUAUGCAGGUUAUCAAAGAAGAGGAGAAAGAUGAGGACAGAGGAAGGUGAUGGGAGAUGAGAAAGAGGAGGAGGGAGAAAAGAGUUAUUUCCUUAUGAAUCCUGUGUGUGUUUCUUUGGAAGAAAUAGCUGUUCCGAGGGAACUUGGUCCAGCUGUGGUUGCUAAGAGUUACAGCUCUUAACAAAGGCACCAAAAAAAAUGAAAGUGAGAGAAAAGCUAAAGAAAUUUCAAUGUGACAACUAUUAUGUAUCAAAAUAAAACUUAUAUUUCAAAGUGAUUUUGUAGUGUAGCUACUGAUAGUAGCUGUGGAUCUCUGUUGAUUGAGUCCAGCUGAAGGUUAGAAACCUGCAUCAAUCAUUCAAAAAGGGGAUCUAUUGUUUUGAAAGAAGCUCUCUCAUAUGUCUUUUAAAGUGUUAAUAGUUGUUAUGUAACUAAAGAAUUUUAUGAAGAAAAAUAGUAUUGCAAAAAGUACAAUUGUCCAGGCUUACAAGUCAGCCACAAUGAAUCAAUAUUCUUUUUCUAGACAAAUUUUGACUCUUCUACUUUAUGUAUAAUAAUUCCAGUAUUCUAUUUAUUUUAGCAUUAUGUAAAAAAUAAUGAGAAUGUUAAAAAAAUAGUGUGGUUUAAGUGGUGGGAGAUACCUCAAAGGUUUCUCCAUCCCCCUCAAAGGUUUGACUAUGUAUAUCUCUCCUAUGUGUGAGAUUAUGUGCCCUGGUGUUAACCCAGAAAAUAAGUGCUCCCGUUUUACGUUUUUUUCUUCCAAGUUUUUUCCCCAGGAAGGAAGGUUAUGCAGGUAUGCAGGAAAAGCUGUCUUAAGUAAUCAUAAAUCUCAAGAGAAUCAAAUUCACACAGUGAACAAAGUAAUACUUAAACUGCAUUUUGACAUAAACUUAAUUUAUUCUUCCAGUAAAAUGUUGAUUUUUUUUUAGUUUGAGUACUCAUUUUUAAGUCAUAUUUUUUAUGUAGAAACAUUAAAAUGUAUAUACAUAUAACAUGUUUAGCUCAUGAAAUUACAUAUUUUUGCACAUUCAGAUGUUUACAUAUUAAAGAUGCAAAUUCCUUUAAGUAAGAAGCUGAAUAAUUCAGAAAAAUUUGAGAAUGUGGUAGUUUUUAUUGUUUUGUCUCUUUAUUUUUUUCUACUUUGGAAGAUAAGGCUGAACAGAAAGGUCCCCAGAAAGAAAAAUGGCAUGUUGAAAUGUAAAUGUUACAGGUAGUUAGAUGGGCAAUGAGAGGAGCAGGAGAGGGCUCCCCACACACUCAUUAGGAAUGUCACAUAACAGUUCCACGAUUAUCACACUGCCUCUCUAAAAAUGAUAAUUCUGCAGCCAGGGAGAGGCAAUCUCCUGAUGGUCCACACCUGUUAACAUUAAAAGUGUUACCUGAAUGCAGGCCCCAAGGAGAAGCAACUUCCUGGACAUGCAUGUUAAAAGACAAAAAAAUGGUGAAGUAUACUUUGAGCACACUACACCUGAAAAGAAAGAAAGCCUCAGAUGGGCGUGUGUAUAACUCCUUAAAUACACUGCACAUGCUUAAUUCCAAAGGAUAAGGAGAGCACUGUGGAUGCAGAAAGCCCACCCUAAGGGACAGGUUAUGGGAAAGAGGCAAACAGUCCCAGCAUCGUGGUUAAAUUCCUCUUUUUCUCUUUGGACUUUCAGGUGCCCGCUUAGGUCUCCUCCCAGUGAAUUUUUCUUUCUUUUCUUUUUCUUUUUUUUUUUUUCUGUUCUAAAGCCUUUUAUAAUAAAAUACCACUACUGCUCUGAAGGGCGUUGGUCUCUUUUUCUGCUUUAUGCCCCUCAAUUGAAUUAUUUUUCUGAGGAGGCAAGGACUGAAGUUGCUGUAGACCCAUAUGAAUUCACCUCUGGUAAUUCAGGGUAACUUGAAUGUCUGCCACCAAUAACACAAAUAGUGCCCACAUUUUUUUUUCUAGUUCCUUUAUUUUCAAAAAAAAGUCUACAACUCUGUUCAUCAGAAUUAUCUGAGCUGCUUGUUAGAAAUGCAUAUACCUAGGUCUUAUCUAGAUCGCUAGAAACAGAGUCUUUGGGAAAGAUGCUUUUAAAAACCUCCAAGCAUGCUUUUGGGAAUGUAGGUGGGGGAGCAAUAACACUGAUGAGAAUUUUAUAAGAUGGCAAAUUCCCUAGCCCAAAGUAUUUCUAUAAUGAUUUUCAAACAUUAAUUUAUUGCUCCAUCCAAUUAAAGAAGUAUCUCAAGGCAUGUAGUCAGUGUUUCCAAAUUUGUAGAACUGUUCCAAUUCUAUUGUAUGUGGAAGUAGUUGAAAUCUGCUAGCCUAAGAGCUCUAGCCCUUUAGUUUCUACUUGUUAAAAAAAAAGAAAGUAGUAAAUUAAAUGUAUUUGUUUCUACCAAUAUAUAUUCAAGAAAAAAAAAGUGUGGGCUGGUCAGAAAUUAUGGUGAAUACAUCACAUUGUAAGUAAUAGAACCAAUAGUUUAACAGACAAGAUUUAAUCAAGAAAGCCAAGCUGUUAGGAAUAUUAUGGAAUAAAGGAUUGUUUAUAGAAUAUAGGCCUUUUGAAAUUGUGAAAGAAACUGGAAAGUAAUGGUCUGAAAGAAAGAUUUGGAGAGUAAUAUGAUUUGGCUCUGUCCCCACCCAAAUCUCAUCUUGAAUUGUAGCUCCCAUAAUCCCCAUGUGUCCCAGGAGGGACCCAGUGGGAGGUAAUUGAAUCAUGGGGCUAGGUUUUUCCCAUGCUGCUCUUGUGGCAAUGAAUAGGUCUCAGGUGAUCUAAUGGUUUUAUAAAGGGCAGUUUCCUUACACACACUCUUUUGCCUGCUGCCAUGUAAGAUGUGCCUUUGCUCCUCCUUCACCUUCCACCAUGAUUGUGAGGCCUCCCCAGCCAUGUGGAACUGUGAGCCCAUUAAACUUUUUUUUUUUU